UGAUUGGUCAGAGGCCGGACUAGUUGGGAUUUAAGAAGGCUGUGUGGUGACGAGUAAGUACUAUAAUCGACUAAUGCUGUCAUUUGCUGUUUAGAUACUAUCGUUUGGAAGUGUUGCACACUCGAACCUGUGAGGCCUCCGGUGGACGCCUCGUAGUUUGCGGCCACACAGGCAAGCUGCUCUCUGGAGAAGUUUGAAGAGACUGGAUUGGGAGUCAAUCUGCUACCUCGAUGGCUGAGCCCAACUUCCCCCCGCUGCCCGGAUUCAUUCCUCUCAAGCCAUGCUUCUACCAGGACUUUGAUGAGAUUCCCGAGCAGCACCGCAGCCUGUGCAAGAAAAUGUACCACCUGUGGAUGUUAAACAGUGCAACGCUGGCUGUCAAUCUCAUCGGCUGCUUUGCGUGGAUGUUCGGAGGUGGAGGCGUGACCAACUUUGGCCUGUCCAUCAUAUGGCUGCUCAUGUUUACGCCGUGCUCUUACGUGUGCUGGUUCAGGCCCAUAUACAAGGCUUUCAAGAGUGAUAGCUCCUUCAACUACAUGCUGUUCUUCUUUGUGUUCAUGGCCCAAGUCGGCAUCAGUAUCAUUCAAAGCAUCGGUAUACCGGGAUGGGGAGUCUGUGGCUGGUUGGCGACAAUCUCCUUCUUCAGUUACAAUAUAUUGAUAGCUUUGGUCAUGCUGGUUCCGACUAUCAUGUUCACUGCUGUCGCAUCGCUGUCCUUCAUGGCCCUCACUAAGAUCCAUAACUUCUACCGGGGGAGCGGGGGCAGCAUGUCUAAAGCGCAGGAGGAGUGGACCACCGGAGCCUGGAAGAACCCUCACGUCCAGCAGGCGGCCCAGCAGGCUGCCAUCGGGGCGGCCACCGGCGCCAUGCAGGAUCAGUACUCGGCCCCACAGUAUAACGACAACCAAAUGUAACCUUUAAUGAUACGCAGGUGCUAGGAAAAGUCCAAAGUUUGAAUGACAACCUCACAUCGAUAGCAAGUUUGAACAAAUGAAUGAUGCAUGCUUGCUAGCACAUCACAGAAACAUCACAGAGAUAUGUUUUCAAGCUGUUUCAUCAUGUGGCAAACAAAUCUCUCAUAUUGUGAAUACUUUAUAUUCUUUCAUAUGCAAGUCAUGAAUAUUUUACCAUAUGUUGUUCUUAAUUCGUGUAUGUUGCAGUGUUUGACCGUUUGUGUUAAUGACUAACUGUGUUGCAACCAAAGACGUGAGUACUGUAAGUAUUUGAAUGCUUGAAUAUAUUACUUCAUUUGAAUGUAUUCGUAUUAGUCAAAACGUUGUAAGCUUUGGAAUGUUGUUCCAGAUGAAGAGUCACUCCGUGACCGCAUGAUGAUUUCAUUGAUUUCUAUGCAGUUUGACACGUUUUUCACUGUGAAAUUAAACAGUGUUGUAAUACUAUGCAAGAGUAGGAGGGCCACAUUGAGAGGAGACACAAAAACCUUGGAGAAUAAAGUCAUACAACUAUGA